AGAGAGAAAGAAAGAGAGAGAAAGAAAGAGAGAGAAAGAAAGAGAGAGAGAGAAAGAGAGAGAGAGAAAGAGAAAAGAAAAAGAAAGAAAAAGAAAGAAAAAGAAAAAGAAAAAGAGAAAGAAAAAAAAAAAAGAAAAAGCGAA